AUGGCUUCUCUUCCUUUCAACACCAUCCCGAUCAAACUUCCAUAUUCAGUAUCAACAAACCUAUCUAAUCAUCACGAUGAUCAAGCUCGUAAUCGUUCCUCCACAUCUUACUUUCAUCGCGUUUCGUCUCUAUGUAAGAGCGGUGAGAUCAGAGAAGCUCUGAGCUUGGUCACGGAGAUGGAUUUCAGAAAGAUACGGAUUGGUCCCGAGAUAUACGGUGAAAUCCUCCAAGGGUGCGUUUACGAGAGAAAUUUGUGCACGGGGAAGCAAAUUCACGCUCGGAUUCUGAAGAAGGGUGAUUUCUACGCCAGGAACGAGUACAUCGAGACCAAAUUGGUGAUAUUCUACGCGAAAUGCGAUGCUCUAGAGAUCGCUGAACUUCUUUUCUCGAAAUUGAGGGUACGGAAUGUUUUCUCUUGGGCAGCGAUUAUCGGGUAUGUUCAACAGGGGCUAGUUGAAGAUGCUAUCCGCAUGUGCCAAUCGAUGAGAUUAGAGAAUCUGAAAUUUGAUUGUGUCACUCUAUCGACAUUGAUGUCGGCAGCUGCACGUACUCAGGACUCAAAGCUAGGGAAAGAGGUGCAGAGUUAUUGCAUCAGACACAGUCUUGAGUCUGAUAUCGUUUUAGCAAGUACAGCGGUGGAUAUGUAUGCCAAGUGUGGCAGCAUUGUUGAUGCUAAGAAAGUGUUUGACUCCACAGUACAAAAAGACUUGAUACUGUGGAAUACGUUACUUGGAGCCUAUGCAGAGUCUGGUCUUAGCGGGGAGGCUUUGAGAUUGUUUUACGAGAUGCAGCUAGAAAGUGUACCACCAAAUGUGAUUACAUGGAACUUGAUCAUUCUAAGUCUUCUCAGGAAUGGUCAGGUAAAUGAAGCCAAGGAGAUGUUCCUGCAGAUGCAGUCUUCAGGCAUAAUUCCAAAUCUAGUCUCGUGGACUACUAUGAUGAAUGGUUUGGUACAAAAUGGGUGCAGUGAAGAGGCCAUUCUUUUUCUAAGAAAGAUGCAAGAAUCUGGUUUGAGACCAAACGUGUUUAGCAUCACCGUCGCACUCUCUGCUUGCGCAAAUCUAGCAUCAUUGCAUUACGGAAGAUCAAUACACGGAUACAUCAUAAGAAAUCAGCGACAUUGCUCCUCAGUUUCGAUUGAAACUUCUUUGGUUGACAUGUAUGCUAAAUGUGGAGAUAUAAACAAAGCAGAGAGGGUGUUCAGAAGUAAGUUAUACAGCGAGUUGCCUCUCUACAAUGCCAUGAUCUCGGGGUUUGCAGUAUAUGGUAACGUGAAAGAAGCAAUCGGUUUAUACAGAAGCUUGGAAGAUAUGGGCAUUAAACCAGACAGCAUAACAUUCACAAGCCUCUUAUCUGCUUGUAACCACGCCGGGGAUAUUAAUCAAGCUUUCGAGAUUUUCACUGAUAUGGUUUCAAAACAUGGCUUGAAACCAUGCUUGGAACAUUAUGGACUAAUGGUUGAUCUUCUUGCAUCAGCCGGAGAAACAGACAAGGCCUUGAGGUUAAUGGAGGAAAUGCCAUACAAGCCAGAUGCUCGAAUGGUCCAAUCUUUGUUCGCGACUUGCAAGAAGCAGCAUAAAGAUGAGCUUGUGGAGUACUUAUCAAGGCAGUUGUUAGAAUCAGAACCUGAUAACUCCGGGAACUAA